AAUCAGUAUAACUUUACAUACCUGCAUAAGCCCAACGAGCGCCUUUGUUUGUUUGCACUAUGUUUUGAACUUUUACACGCUUGCGGGCGCUUGCAGCUGAGCGCUUCACAGCGUACGAUGAUAGUUGUGAGAGUUGUGGCAUUGGUGUCGGUGUCAUGCAGUGAUGUGACGCACUCAAAGCAAAACAAGGGCCACAGAUAACACCAACAGAAGUCACUGUUGCUGUACAACGUCAACUCGAACGGCGGCGAAGACUUUGACGCGCUCUCUAUUUUCAUUCUUUCACGUACUUUAUUACACGGACGUGCGGGUGUUUGGUGCUGUUUUUUUGCUGCUUGACUCGCUUUUCCUUUGUCUUUUGACCAUGUUUAGGUUGAUUUGUGGUUGAAGUUGCUUUGUGUUGGCAGCGAAUGUGGCACGGUCGUGACAAGCGAACAAAAUAACAAUGGCGAAAAAGGCGAGUGAUUAAAAAUUACUCAUACGCCUUUGAGGGAAAAGUGAACUAAAAAGACUUUUGUUGUGUGAAAUAAAACAAAAUAGAAUUAAACUAAGGUGCAGAAGUUAACAAACUUAAAGAAAAAUAUUAUUGAAAACUCACGUACGCUUAGUGCGCGCACAAAAGUAGGCAUCGAAAAUGGCAGGCAGCGACAUUGAUUAGCGUUAAUGCCUAGCGUUUGGCAAGCGCUUUGUUUUGCUACCACAGCAAUGUGUGAGUGUGUGUGUUUAUAUGAAAAGCAAUUUGCUAUAAGUGCUGUGAAAAUGGCAAAAACUUAAUAAACAACGCUUGUAAACUUGUUUUCCCUAAACAUAUGUAAUUAUUGAAGCAUACUUUGCGGCGCUUAACAACAUUGAACCACCACAAAAUCCUUGACCUGAACCAAUGCCGACGCUGAAACUGAAACUUCAACUAAACCAAAGCAUAUCGGCGGCCACGAGACAAGUUCAUGUAACACCAGCAACAACAACCAAAGCAAAAACAUUGGCACAACUGAAAUAACAAUAACAAAAGCCGGAAGUAGCAACUACAAAUUACACAAACAAAAACUAAUAAAUGCACUAAUGUCUAAACCAAAGUUACCCAACAAAUUAUAUAGAUUUCUUGCUAAAGACAUCGCGCAGCUGGAAAAACUGCAUACAUUCCCAUGCAAAUGGAUGCCUGUCUUCGGCGGCUCUGCGUUUGCUGCUCUGUUUGUCGUAAAAUUAAAGCACGCAGCGCUUACAUAAAAUAUAAUAACGGAAAAUUAAGUGCAACACAGCCAACGAACGCAGCCAUAAACAUUACAAAAACACUAGCAACAACAGCGUCACUAACUUUACCGCAAAAGCCAACAACAAAAGCGCACAGCAGCCACAAGAGCUCGUCAACUGUGCGUCGCAUAACCAGCUUAGCGUGCAGAUCACAGCGGCCAGCGAAGGUAAAAUCUGUGCAACGCCUGUGCAAGUGGUAUUCACAAGCACAGCUGACUCUGGUGGCAGUAAACGGUUGCACAGGCAACUAUAGCCACAGCGUCGGAAGUAGCGCUCGCACCCACCUGACGACCAUACGCUACACAUUGAACCUGCUUCACCACGUGUUUGUUUGUGUUAUUGGUGUAGCCUUAACGAUAUUGCUACAACGUUGCUGUGUUGGCAAGACAACAGCUAUUCCCAAACGCACACAGACGCAUUCACCGUUAGCCAAUUCAUUGCGGCUGGCUGCUGGUAAAUCCCAUUGGCCACAAGCGCUCCACACGCCGACAACAAUGGGCUCAUGUUUCGGGCGCUGCGUGUCGAAGGAUGCUAAUGGCGGCGGUGUGGCCUCCACCGCAACAUCCUGUUUGUGGCGUCGGCAACAACAUGCAACAGAUGAACAAGAAGCGGAACUCGUGUCGAAUGCGAGCGACAAAUGCCCGAGAGAGAAUUUCAUAUAUCGCAUUAUUAAAUUCAAAACGAAGCAAAAGCGGCCACAGUUUAUCGACAAAUUCUGGGAACAACAGGAUAUGCAAUACACGAGACUAACUAAUAGAAAUGGAACCGAAGGUCUCUCCGACAUUCAGCUUCAGAACCUCGACGUACACAAUUUACUCAGCAACGCCAUACUAGCCAAAGAGUCAGCGCUCAAUUACUGCUUGACCGAAGCUCAUUACGCCGCGGCCAGCUCGCGCGCAAGCUCCUCGCUCGACCUGGAAUGGGAGCAUGAGUAUGCGCACAUGCGGCAACUAUAUCAGCCGCCACCGCACAUGCAUCGCAGCACUCAGUCCCUACUACACACCAGCACACUCAAUAGCAACAACAACCUCGCGCAAUAUACCAACUCCAACAACAAUACACCGAUUCAUCACCUACACACGCUCAACAAUAACCACCACAUGAUGAGUCUGAGCAAACGUAGCCACACUUACGACAAUCACCCGCUGCACGUACACCUCAACGAUUCAUGGCAAUAUCUGAGCAACGACGAUGAUCAACUCAACUCACUUGCUUCAUACUCGCAAUCGCAGUCGCUACCGCAUGCGCCACUUAACGCCGCAGCAAUGGCGCUGGCGACGGCCAAAGCAGUUGAAUGCGGUGAACAGCGCAUUCGCACGCGUCGUGUGGCGCCACCACCGAUCAACGAACGACGUAACAGUUCCUUUACACGCACCUGCUCGUCGCACAACUCAUGGUCGCACAUCUCCACGCCGGAGUCGCUCGAGUGGGAUCAGGAUGAGGAACAGCAGCGACAAUUGCGCGUCGAGGACGAUAACUUGGAUGACGAGACGCUCGAGCUGCUGCAUCAGAUUGAGCAGUUGAAGAACCGCGUGUUAGACGAAACCGGGGAUGGACUAUACGACGACGGUCUGAUAGCUGCGGGUGAGAGCGAAACGGGCGAGGGUAUGCAAUUUAUGAUCGGUGGACAAUACACCACAGAGGAUGGACGUAAAGAUAUUAGUUGAUCAUCUGUAUGCGGCAUGCGGUUGAUAAGAGGAAUUUGAGGAGAAGUUAGGUUUGCAGAGUAUAUCAAUUGUUGAUUGGAAUGUACUGUAUAAUCAAGUGCCUAGACUAAAGUAUCAUUAUAUACAAGUAUAUAACAAAUAAUAUUUAAUUACAGUUACUGUUAAUGUUAGUCUCAAAGCUAUUACACACGGUCAUGGCGGUAAAGUAGAGAGAAACUUUCGUUGAGGAGGGCGUACGGUUUUGGUUGGUUGUGCUGAAGGGGUAAAAAUAUAGGGUAUGCCUGAAACGGUUUUGAGCAGUGUUCAGGCUAGGAUCGUAAGAUUUGAUGCUUGAUAUUUUAACCUUUAUGAGAACACGUUGAUUUUGUCAAUCCAAAUUCGUAUCUGAACAAGUCACUUACCCGCCUUCAGAUUUAUCCAUUAUAAGGCUCUCGUUCGGCUCAAUUACGAUCUUAUUAACUAUAAGAAGAAAGCUGUUAUGGACCCACAGUAUAUUCACCCAACUGACGCAAGAAUACACAUAUCGGUUGAGAAUUACAAACCUAUUGCAAAAUUGGAAGAACUCUUAAAGCAAAUUGCCAUGACCGUUGUGUCUCAUAUGGGUGUUAUUAAAAAUUAAUUAAGUACGAACAUUAUAAAAUCCAAGGUCGAGGUAUAGAUGUAUAUGAAAAUGCAGUUAAAAUAUUUAAUAAUUUUUUGUAGUUGUAACGUAUCAUAAUGUUGAGAAGACUUCCACAGCAAGUAAUAAUGUUGAAAAUUAGCUUAGUAAGAUAAGCGGUUACUGUUUUAGAGACGAAGGAUAGAAUUUAGCUUGCACCAUUGAGUUUUUUUUUAUUGAUCAGAAUUUUUAGGAACUAGAUAUAAAAAACUUAAAUCUUGUUAUGUUAAGAAUAAAUGAAACACAUACUUAACCUUAAUAAGCACCAAACGGCCUAAAGGCCCGUUUUGUCUCUUUUUCAUAUUUCAUUAUAAUCACGUUUGUGUUGGGUAUAUUCUGAUUAUUCUUCUAAUUUCAGUGAGAGCAUUCUUACUGAAUCAUUUGUGGACUAGCAUAGUUAAUUGACAUCCUCCGAUAUUGAAUGCUAUCUGUUGUCUUUCUAAAAAUUACCCAUGAAAUUUUUUGGCGUGAACAGCGCCCUUAAGUCUCUUAAAAGAUUUCGUAAGACCUUAAACCCUAUCUUUAAUUUCUUUUCGUGUUCAAACAAGAUAAAGUACUUUUUUUGUUGUACUGAUCAAGUAUAAUUUCAGAGGUAUCCAUCUAAGUUUCGUUGAAUUAUGGAUCAAUCUGAUUAUGGAGAGCUAUCCUUUUCAUUUAACAACCGAAUUUCAGGAUUACGAGAAAACAUACAUAGAAACCUAUAUUUUAAACAAGAAGUCGUCAGAAGAUCCUUAAAUACUACAGCAUAUCCCAUUUUAUAGAUUUCUAAAGUACCGUUAAACACUAACAGUUAACAAAAACCGAAACUACUACAUAUGUAAUAAAACAAAAUAAACAUGUGCAAGACUAAGCAAAGAAGCUUCGACAAGGAAAUCAUAGAAACUAGAAUAUAGAUUUGAGAGGCUAGUAUGGAGUAAGCAAAAGAAAAGAUGUAUUAUAUUCCAUUAUUAUUUUAUUUAAAUUAAUUACAAAACGAAGCAGUCGUUUAACGUUCGCGUAUGAGUACACAUUUAGAAAACUUAGCAACUAAUAUUAAAAAUACAAACAAAAGCAAAUAAUAUAUGACACGUUGUUUAUAAAAAUACAAAAUAAAGCAUAAAAACGAAAUAGAUUUACAUUAAU